AUGGCCUUCUGGCUUAAAAUGUUUAGUGUCUAUAUCAACACGGAAUUCUAUAUCAAUAAGGCACUCCAAGAGCACCUUGAGAAACAACUAAUUGAUUCCAUACCGUGCAAGAGAUAUGAGCAAUAUCUCAAAAGACUAGUAAAGGUUAUCAAUGCUUGCUUUGUUCACAACAUAUGCAAAGAGAACAAUGACGAUGCCAAUUUUGAAAACCAUGUUUUUGUUUUGGGAGGUCGUGUGAUUGACGUUAAUGGUGAUAUUGCUGCUGAUAUUGAAGAGAAAAGCAAAACGUUUAUUGAGUAUAUCAAAUAUGAAAUUUAUUCUAGUAUCACUUGCACUAAUAUACUGAAAAAUCUCUCUAAUAUAAUUACUGACAUUAUCAGUCUCCCUUUCUGCUAUAUUAAGACGCCUAAUCAAAGUUUUACCUUGCGCCCAAAAAACAGCAAAGUUCUUCUGUCUCUGCUGCAUGUUUCUUGCAUUUCUUUCCUCAAUGCGAUCCAUGAUCUUAUCCCCUCUUUGAUCGAUUCUGGAUCUGAUUCAGCAGCAUGGGAUCUCUUAACUGCUGUUCUCAGUUGUUUCUUCAUAACGGCAUCUUAUUGUACCAGCAACAAAAACAAUUGCGGCUUUCUUCUUCAGAAGCGACUUCCUCCAUUGGUACCUCACAUCCCAGAUCUUUGCCUUGAUCUGCACCCGGCUGCUACUGUUCUGCACACUUUGCAUUCUAGAAAUCUCGAGCACUUUAUCAUAGUAGUUGACAAGUCUCUGCUCAUCAACCAAGGUAGUAGUAAAACACUAAACCGCAUUUGUGCUUCUUGUGAUUUAUCCAAGCCGCUUUUAGAAUUAAAAAGCUUGCUAAAACUUUGGAUUAUUCUACCAUACAAAAAAGGGAACCACCGCCAAGAUUUAGGACCUUGGUGGGUACUUGAGAAACUGACACGUAGAGUACUUGAGGGAGCAGGUGUAACUAAUUAUGAGUCUACUAUAAGGAAUGACGUUCGAGUUAAAUAG